UCAUUUCGAGUGUUCGUCAUCGGUUCUUGGCGCGCGUGUAAUUCAUUCGCUCGUACACCGUACACACCCUACUCGUUAAUUAUUCCGUGCAACAUCAUUCUCGCCGGUCAUUCGUACUCUCGUACGAUCGUGCGAGAAAUCGAGGCGACGUGUUCAAACGCGACGAUUUCCACCAUGAACGCGAACCGCAAAAGUUUAUUUAUAAAGAUAGUUCUUCGUUACGUAGUGUACCACUCGUCAGUGAAUCGAUGACAGUCGAGAGGAAUGGCCGUCGUAAUUUCCAUCGGCUGUUUCUCGGUCGUCAGAGUUUCGUUUUUCUUCGUCAUCCUCCUCUCGUUGUACGCUUCCGGGGGGAUUCUCGGCGAGAAAAUUUGCCUCGGGGAUUCCGCGGAUAUCGGAGAGAUCGAAUCCAAGUGCUCCUGCGACGUGAAACCUUGCCUGGCGAUCUGCCCGCCGAAAAACGCGACGGCGGCCAACGACACACGUUCGCCGGAAAACGAGGACGCCGAUAAUCUCGACGGGAUACCGGAAGUCCACUCGACGGACCCGACGGUCGACCCGGAGGGUGGCAGCGAACCCCUGGACGAGAGGUUUCAAAUCGUUCGGUGGUACCCGUGCAAAGAUGCGGAAGCCUACUUUCUGGAGCCGGAAGCGUACGCUUCGGACAGAUAUUACCUACUCGGGAACGGUUCGCUCCUUCUCCCCGAACUCGCAAGGGACCUGCAGUUGAUCGAUUUUGGCAAUUACUGCUUCAGACGGAUCGACGACAGUUCGAAUUACACGCCGGAAGUGUGCGCGUUGCAGCAGGAUUUCGAAUCGCCGCCGGACAGAACCGCGAAUUACGUAGGCGCCCUGAUUUCCGUGCCGUUUUUGAUCGCCACGAUACUGGUCUACUCCGUUCUGAACGAACUGAAAAAUCUUUACGGGGCGACGCUCAGGUGCUACCUCUACUGCCUCGUACUCAUGUACGUUUCCGUGGUCACCGAUGGAAUAAAACCGAUUGACUACAGCGCCGGUGCUUUUUGUUUGUUCGUCGGAUACACGAUCUACUUUUCAUUCCUGGCCAGUUCCUUCUGGUUGAACGUCAUGUGCUUCGACAUGUGGAGGAGAUUCGGGGGGUCCGAAGUGAUCCGUGGAACGAACUACAACCGAUUCAGAAACCGUCGUUUCUUGCUGUACUCCGUUUACGCCUGGGGUUGUCCCACCGUUUUGACCGCUGUUUGCAUCGGCAUGGAAUUUACUCCGGAUAUGCCGGACUGGAUCGUGCGACCAGGAUUUCUGGAGAACGCUUGCUGGUUUGCCAGAUACGCCGGAGGUUUGUAUUUUUACGGGCCGAUGGGCGUGACGAUCGCCUGUAACGUUUGCUUUUUUUUCGCAACUUCGAUAAAAAUGAUCCAACACAACCGGCAAACGAGACUUCACCUCGCCAGCGCGGACAGUCAACGACACGACGAUAAGAGAAUUUGGUUCGGUUUGUACCUGAAGCUAUUCGUGGUGAUGGGCAUCACCUGGUCGACGGAGGUGAUUUCCUCGGCAUACGAGAAUCUCCAGUACAUCUGGUACGUCACCGACAUGAUAAACGCCCUCCAGGGUCUCCUCAUAUUCGUAAUAUUCGUCUGCAAACGAAGAAUCUGGACGUCGUUGAAGAAUUGGUUUACCGGUGUCCAAGUGACCCGCGAAGGCUGCGUUUUCGCCGGUAGCAAGAGCACCUCGAAAUCGGGUUCCACCAACGACAGCUUCGCUGGCCCCUCGUCGAAUCCCGACGGCGACGAGUUGCUAGCCCUCAGAGAAAUAAAAAAAUCUUCGAUAUGAAUUGAACGGGGACACAGGAUCGACCAUCUGCAACUCGAACCUCGUCCGUUCGCCCUGAACAAGCUUACGCGUAGCUAGAUUAUAAACGACCGGCUGCGGUUGAAGCUAUUACGUUGUUUCCGCGACGAUAAUCUUCACACACACCGGUCAGCGGACGAGGUUUUUUACAGGAAGAUUUGUUACUAUCUUUGCAACGAUAACGACGUUAUUUACAAAGUAGAUCAAGAUGCAGUUCACUUUUGCGCAACGCGAUAAAUAAAUCUUUUAUCACUAAUUCUUCGUCUGUAAGAUCGAGUUACGCUGAAUCGUAACGUUUUAAGAAAAUUUUUGUAAAAAAAAAAAAUUGACCAGGGAAAUUAUUUUCACUUAUUCUGUGUCAAACGCCUUUAUUUUUCGGCCUUACUUUCUCAUCGACUGUUCAAAAAUCCCCACUUAUUUUCAAACUAAAUUUUCCCUACCAAAGUUACAGACGGACUUCACCCUCGAAGUGAUUUUGCAAUUUAUUCGGAGAUCUGAAAAAGGAACUGGGAUACGACGGUAACGAUGGAAACGAGUCGGAGGAACGUUCUUUAUUGAUCAUGAGCUACUGAGACCAGUCCAAAAAAAUGUCCGAAUCUUG